AUGUCCAACUUGACGGCGCACCCGCACGCGGUGACGCCGCUCAGCUUCGUGCCCGUCACCCGGCACCCGCAGCAGACCCUCCGGCGCGGCCGCCGGAUGAGCCUGCUUCCGGGGUGGCAGAUGUCGGGCAACCUGCACACGCUUGGCUACUUUUCGGCGCCCGUCUGCCUCGGCUCGCCGUCGCGGCAGUUCGACCUGAUCGUCGACACGGGCUCGGCGCUCACGGCGCUCCCGUGCGAGGGCUGCCCGCACUGCGGCUCUCACAAGCACGGCUCCGUCUCGGGCGCGCGCUUCUCCGAAAAGGCGUCGUCGACGUCCGAGCCGGUGGUGUGCUCGCGGCCACCGCGCGGGAUGUCGACGUGCCGCAGCUGCGACGGCGGCAAGUGCGCCUACUCGGUCUCGUACACCGAGGGCUCCUCCAUCCGAGGCCACCUCGUCUACGACUCGUUUUGGUUCGGCACGGAGCUCGGCAACCGCGCUGUGCGCGCCUCGUUCGGCUGCCAGACGUACGAGUCGGGGCUCUUCUACUCGCAGGUGGCGGACGGGAUCACCGGCAUGUCGCAGGGGCAGGGCUACGGCCCCUGCCUCUUCGACUACCUCCGCGAUCAGACCCGCGCGCCGAACGUCUUUUCGAUUUGCCUGAGCGAGGAGGUCGGCGCGCUCGUGCUCGGAGGAACGGUGCCCCCGGACCUCAAGGCGGAGUGGGUGCCGUACUCGGGCUCGUCCUCGUACGUGGUCGACCUCGUCGACAUUCGCGGGAGCAUGCUCUUCGAACAGGGGCGCCGCCAGUCGCUCCGAGGGGCGCGCCGCUUGCAACCGCCGGGCUGA